GGACUUCUGUUCCCCUGUAGUCUCGGGCCGCCGGCUCGGUGCUGGGCGUGCGUGUGUGGCUGCGCGCGCCCGCGCGCGGGUGUGUGCGUGUGAGUGUGUGCGCAGCCCGCGCGCCGAGCCCAGCCGAGCCGCGGGGACCCAGCCGCCCGCCGCUCGCCUCGCGUCCCUCCUCCUCGCAGCCUCCUUACCUGGCGCCAGCCCCUCGCCCAACCUGGCUCGGACGCAGCUGCCUUCCAUCAAAGUUUCCUCCACACAGGCACCUUUGCGAAAAGGCUGUUCUUGCAAACGGUGCUAUGAAGCUGUGCCUUGGCGUGGCUCUUCUUGCAGCACCUCCCCGUCUCGUUCCUACAUAAUCUGAAAGGAGUAGAAGAUUUUCCAAAUUAAAGGAAAAGGGAGGGGGAGGGGUAUUGUUGAGAGAGAGAAGCGGCCGCAACGGAAUAUCAGCUUCUUUCCGGCUUAAGGCCGGGGAAUUGAUUGUCGUGUCUCAUGGUUGAGAGAAGAAAAUUAAAUAGACAGCCAAGUUAGCCGAGGAGGGGCUCGAGGCUUCCGGGUGUCAGGAAGGUUGUCCUCGUCUCCUUUUCCACACUCGUGAAGAUUUAGAGGCACCGCCACUGCGAGGGCUUUUUAACCGUCACCCCCUCCUGAUCCCUCUGAAAGGAAAAGCCAGCAGUAUUGAGACUGGGGUAGUCAAGGAAAAGCCUCUGGACCUGUGUGCGUCGCAUCCUUGGCUUUGGAUUUUAAGGACAUGAAGGAGAAUUAAAGCACUUAAAGGAAAUCUAUUGGAGAUGGUCUCAAGAUGUAGAAUCCUUACAUGUGAAUUAUCCCAAAUGAAGUUGGAGCAUCCACAUUGAAAUUGCUUUAUGUUGUGGAAUUGAAGAUUAUCAAUGGAAAGCUGUAUCAUGAGCUGCUUGGGCUUCUAAAGUUCCCACUGGGAUUUUAAUCAUAUGAGAGUUUUCCUGGAAAACUGGAAUCAAUACUAUUCUUCUCAAUCAAUGAUCAUCUUUUGAAACAGCAAUGGUAUUGUGAAAUUGAGCCUUGUGACAGGCUUCUCUGAGGAGGUGUGGAGUGGAACAUCGAAGUAGUCCCCACCAGCAUGAGGAGCCCAACACUUCAAACUGUUUUUUUAGGUGAAGUGAGCAAAACAGAAUGCAACUUUCAAGGUUCUUUUCAAGCAGUUGGCCUGUGGGACUCUGAGAGAUGCUGCUGCUCAUGACAUGUUGGAAUAUCAUGAUCAACUUCCUGGUUUGGAUUUCAUCCAGUGGCCAAGAGCUUUGCAUGGUAGAAAGCAGGGGUUGGACUUUUCAAAACAGUAAACCAGGGAGAAGGAGAGCAAGUUCAGCUCAUUUGGACCACACGUUGCUGAUGCUCUAACAGAAGGCACAGGGGGUGGUUCAGAGAAGCACUCUCCAAGAGGAAGGUCAGCAGAAGUGGAUCUUCUCAUGAGCUCCAACACAGAUAAGUGGGGCCCGUGACCAAGGUGUAGACAAAGAGGUGGAGUCAUGCUUCACGCGGCCGUAUCAUGCUGGCAGCCGUUCCUGGGUCUGGCUGUGGUGUUACUCUUCAUGGGAUCCACGAUCGGCUGUCCUGCUCGCUGCGAGUGCUCCGCCCAGAACAAAUCUGUUAGCUGCCACAGAAGACGGCUGAUCGCCAUCCCAGAGGGCAUUCCCAUCGAGACCAAAAUCUUGGACCUCAGCAAGAACAGACUGAAAAGUGUCAACCCUGAAGAGUUUAUAUCAUAUCCUCUGCUGGAAGAGAUAGACUUAAGUGACAACAUCAUCGCCAAUGUGGAGCCAGGAGCAUUUAACAGUCUCUUUAACCUGCGUUCCCUCCGCCUGAAAGGCAAUCGCCUCAAGUUGGUCCCUUUGGGAGUAUUCACGGGGCUGUCCAACCUCACCAAGCUCGAUAUUAGUGAGAAUAAGAUUGUCAUUUUACUAGACUACAUGUUCCAGGACUUGCAUAAUCUGAAGUCCCUAGAAGUGGGGGACAACGAUUUGGUUUAUAUUUCACACAGGGCCUUCAGCGGGCUGCUUAGCUUGGAGCAGCUCACCCUGGAGAAAUGCAACCUCACAGCAGUACCAACAGAAGCUCUCUCCCACCUCCGCAGCCUCAUCAGCCUGCACCUGAAGCAUCUCACUAUCAACCAUAUGCCUGUGUAUGCCUUUAAGAGACUGUUCCACCUGAAACACCUCGAGAUUGACUAUUGGCCUUUACUGGAUAUGAUGCCUGCCAAUAGCCUCUACGGUCUCAACCUUACAUCCCUCUCCAUCACAAACACCAACCUGUCCACUGUUCCCUUCCUUGCCUUUAAGCACUUGGUAUACCUGACCCACCUUAACCUCUCCUACAAUCCCAUCAGCACUAUUGAAGCAGGCAUGUUCUCUGACCUGAUUCGCCUUCAGGAGCUCCAUAUAGUAGGGGCCCAGCUCCGUACCAUUGAGCCUCACUCCUUCCAAGGGCUCCACUUUCUUCGCGUGCUCAAUGUGUCUCAGAACCUACUGGAAACUUUGGAAGAGAAUGUCUUCUCCUCUCCUAGGGCUUUGGAGGUCCUGAGCAUUAAUAACAACCCACUAGCCUGUGACUGCCGUCUCCUCUGGAUUCUGCAGCGGCAGCCCAUCCUGCAGUUUGGCGGCCACCAACCCAUGUGUGCUGGCCCAGACACUAUCCGCGAGAAGUCAUUCAAAGAUUUCCAUAGCACUGCCCUUUCUUUUUACUUUACCUGCAAAAAACCCAAAAUCCGUGAAAAGAAGUUGCAGCAUCUGCUAGUAGAUGAAGGGCAGACAAUCCAGCUAGAAUGCAAUGCAGAUGGGGACCCACAGCCAGUGAUUUCCUGGGUGACACCCCGAAGGCGUUUUAUCACCACCAAAUCCAAUGGGAGAGCCACGGUGUUGGGUGAUGGCACCUUGGAAAUCCGCUUUGCCCAGGAUCAAGACAGUGGGAUGUAUGUUUGCAUUGCUAGCAACGCUGCUGGGAACGACACCUUCACAGCCUCCUUGACUGUGAAGGGUUUCGCUUCAGACCGCUUCCUUUACACGAACAGGACCCCUAUGUACAUGACCGACUCCAAUGACACCAUUUCCAAUGGCACCAAUGCCAACACUUUUUCCCUGGACCUUAAAACAAUACUGGUGUCUACAGCCAUGGGCUGUUUCACAUUUCUGGGAGUGGUUUUAUUUUGCUUUCUCCUCCUUUUUGUGUGGAGCCGAGGGAAAGGCAAGCACAAAAACAGCAUUGACCUUGAGUAUGUGCCCCGAAAAAACAAUGGUGCUGUUGUGGAAGGAGAAGUGGCCGGACCCAGGAGGUUCAACAUGAAAAUGAUUUGAGGGUCCACCACUCACACUAUUGUUUCUGUGUCAUUGUUGGUAACCAGUGACACAGUCUGGCACUGCAAAUUACUAGGUCAAGAGGCAGCUUUGUGCAGCUGCCCCUGUGUGAAAGCAGGGUGCAUGGAAUCCGGAGGACCUCUUAUGGAGACUCUCCACUCUCCACCUAGAGGCAGGCGGGCCUGUGUCAGAGCCCUUCACACAGUGGGAUUCUAAUUGUUUGCAUUGCAAAUACUGGCAUUAUGGGGAUCUCAGUAAUGAACCUGAACCGUUGGCUCAUGCUCAUGGACAGAUACUCAGCAUUUUCUACCACUGCAAAAACAAAAGAAAAACAACAAAAAAGAACAACCUACAGUGUAGGAUUUACAUAUUAAAAAGAUGCAUUUGCCUAAAACAUACUCUACAGAAAAAUUUGUACCUAUGAUUAUCAUUUGUUAAAGCCUUGCAUCAUACCAUAUUGUUGGUUCAGUACCACAAAGAAAUCAAUAUAUUCUUUACUUUUUUUGAAACAUAUGCUGUAUAUGUUUUAAAGCAAUAUGAAUGAGAGGUUGUGCUUUUAGUUACUUACCAUUAUAGAUCCAAGUGUGAUUUCACCUUUCUUUGCAUACAGAUAAUUCUGAGAUUAGAUCCCUGGAGUCAUGAGCGGAGAUAUGUAUUUGUCUGAAGUAGGAUGCCGAGAAAUGGGACCCAUGGCAAAACUGCUCAACUCUGUUAACUUCUGUUCCUAUAAAUAAAGGCAUGUGCCUAGUUUUGAUACAGAAUGGAAUAUUUUUUAUACUUGUGAUAUCUCACUGGACCAAUUUACUGUAACAAAAGCCCUUGGUUUCUCCAGAAGGUGGUGUGCCACUAGAUAUAGUUGACCUGUAAAAUGCAAGGUAGGUGUUAAUAAUGAAAACAGUCCAUUUAACCACAUCUUGAUUUUGCUUUCAUCAGCCCCGGCUACUGUGUUAAUAGAAAAUGCAAGCAGAGGUGAUGGUUAUAAUCAUAGGGUAAUCAAGUCACCUCAUAGCUAAGAAUUAAGAUGUCAAAAGCU